GGAAGCUACAUCUUAACCUUACUCUACAUAACCAUUGCUAAGGGAGGCUACGUGCACAUGAGAUGUCCAAUAAAAACCACUACCAAGCCAACCAAGACUUCUAGAACCACCACUAGGAAGACUACCAGUAUCGCCACUGUAGGGGUGACCGAGGCCCCUGCAACUGUGGUCUGCACCGCCUCCAGUAUGGUGGUGGAGCUGCCCAAGGAACCUCUAAGACUUGUGAAGGUUCUAGAUAAAUCCAACCGGUGGGUAGCUGUCAUUGAUGCUCCCAAGUACUGCAACUACACCUUGUUGCAGGGAAGGGGAGGGAACUUCUUCAUAACCCCCUACACGGCCUGUGAUGUCAGGAUAUUGGAUAAAAACUAUGUUUUGAAGAUCUGGUAUCUGGCAACUGGUGGCAAAAAAGGGUAUAUGGUGAUGAAAUGCCCCAUCGAUGCUGGAGAACCCACAAAAGCACCAACAACUACUUGGGAGCCAACCAAGAUUACCAGAACCACGAGCAGGAAGACUACCAGAACCACCAUUGGAGAGCCAACCAGGACCACCAGUAGGAAGACCACCACGGGGAGGCCUACCAGGACCACCAGUAGGAAGACCACCACGGGGAGGCCUACCAGGACCACCAGCAGGAAGACCACCACGGGGAGGACCACCAGCAGGAAGACCACCACGGGGAGGAUCACCAGCAGGAAGACCACCACGGGGAGGACUACCACAACCAUUGGGGAGCCAACUAGGACCACCAGUAGGAAGACCACCACGGGGAGGCCUACCAGGACCACCAGUAGGAAGACCACCACGGGGAGGCCUACCAGGACCACCAGCAGGAAGACCACCACGGGGAGGCCUACCAGGACCACCACGGGGAGGCCUACCAGGACCACCAGUAGGAAGACCACCACAACCAUUGGAGAGCCAACCAGGACCACCAGUAGGAAGACCACCACGGGGAGGACUACCAGGACCACCAGUAGGAAGACCACCACGGGGAGGACUACCAGGACCACCAGCAGGAAGACUACCACAACAACCAUUGGGGAGCCAACUAGGACCACCAGUAGGAAGACCACCACGGGGAGGACUACCAGGACCACCAGUAGGAAGACCACCACAGGGAGGACUACCAGGACCACCACGGGGAGGACUACCAGGACCACCAGUAGGAAGACCACCACAGGGAGGACUACCAGGACCACCACAGGGAGGACUACCAGGACCACCAGCAGGAAGACCACCACAACAACCAUUGGGGAGCCAACUAGGACCACCAGUAGGAAGACCACCACAGGGAGGACUACCAGGACCACCAGUAGGAAGACCACCACGGGGAGGACUACCAGGACCACCAGCAGGAAGACCACCACGGGGAGGACUACCAGGACCACCAGCAGGAAGACUACCACAACCAUUGGGGAGCCAACUAGGACCACCAGUAGGAAGACCACCACGGGGAGGACGACCAGGACCACCAGUAGGAAGACCACAACAACCAUUGGGGAGCCAACCAGGACUACCAGUAGGAAGACCACCACGGGGAGGACUACCAGGACCACCAGUAGGAAGACCACCACGGGGAGGACUACCAGGACCACCAGUAGGAAGACCACCACAGGGAGGACUACCAGGACUACCAGGACCACCACAGGGAGGACUACCAGGUCCACCAGUAGGAAGACUACCAAGGCCCCUACAAUUGUGGUCUGCACUGCCUCCAGUAUGGUGGUGGAGCUGCCCAAUGAACCUCUAAGACUGGUCAAGGUUCUAGAUAAAUCCAACCAGUGGGUAGUUGUCAUUGAUGCCCCCAAGUACUGCAACUACACCUUGUUGCAGGGAAGGGGAGGGAACUUCUUCAUAACCCCCUACACGGCUUGUGAUGUCAGGAUAUUGAAUAACAACUAUGUUUUGAAGAUAUGGUAUCUGACAACUGGUGGCAUAAAAGGGUAUGUGGUGAUGAAAUGCCCAACCAGUGCUGGAGAACCCACAAAAACGCCUUCCUCUCCAUCCACUACUGGAAAACCACCAAUACCCACUGUCUGCAAAGCCUCCGUCAUGACACUAGAGCUGCCUGAAGGACCAAUUGAACAAGUAGCCCUGAUAGAUAAAUCCAACACUCUGGUAACUGUCAAAGAUGAUACCAGAAAGUGUGGCUACAGCUUGGUGCAUGGGAGAGGAAAGAACAUCUUCACAACCCCUUACACAGCCUGUGAUGUGAAGAUGCUGAAUGGGAAUUAUGUCCUGACUCUAGCAUAUGUAACCCUUGCUGGGGAAAGGGUACUGGUGCAGAUGAAAUGUCCAACCAGUGCAGCUUUACCAACAGGGUUGCCGCUCCCUCCCUUUGGGGUUUCUGUCCUCUGCAGUGAUACUUGCAUGACAGUGGAACUUCCUGGGGGACUGCUACAAGAUAUCCAGUUAAUGGAUGAAUCCAACAACUUGGUAGCUGUUACCAGUGCUCCCAAGAUUUGUGGCUACAGUUUGGUGAGGGGGAACGGAAAGAACAUCUUGACCGCUCCUUACAAGGCCUGCAAUGUCAAGAUACUGAAUAACUUCUACAUCCUGAGAGUCAUUUACACCACUCUUACUGGGGAGCGAGGAGAUAUACAGGCCAAGUGUCCUGUUCCUGGUCUAGUACCACGUGAGGGGUGCAAGAUACCAAGAAGUCGGCAGGUUGCUUGUGGUCCACCUAAUGCUGAUCCACAACUGUGUGUGGCCAAUGGAUGUUGUGUGGAUGCAACAACUUCCCGGUGUUACUAUCCUUUGAAUGCAUGCACUGCAGAUGGCCAUUUUGUAUUCUCCGUAGACCGCACCUCAACUAAGCCAGAAAUCGAUCCUGGCAGUCUAGUAAUUGCAGGAAACCGAUCAUGUGCCCCAGUAAUCUGCACUCCAGACUUUGCCAUCUUCAAAUUUCCUGUGACUGGCUGUGGGACACAUGUCUUUACGGUGGCGGAGACUACAAUUUAUCUUGCUGAAGUUCAUGGCUUGGUUCGGGGGAACCAGCAGAUGUAUGGACAAAUUACCAGAGAUGGCCCUUAUCGUUUCCAGGUGGAAUGUCGCUAUUCUAAAAGGCAUUUGGCCAGCACUGGUUACUUGGUGGUGAACCCACCGCUUCCAUCAGCAGCCUUGGCUUUUGGCUCGCUUGGGGUUAGGUUAAGGAUUGCCACAGACACCAGCUACACUAGCUUCUACCCUCGGUCCCAUCUGCCCCUGAGCUUCUUGCUUGGAAGCAAGGUGUAUCUGGAAGUGCAGCUUGUCAACCCUCCUAACCCCAAUGUAGUUCUGCUGGUCCACUACUGCAUCGCCUAUCCCCAGUCCUCUCAAGCUGCCUGGGUGAUCCUCUAUGAAGGUUGUCCCAACAUCCUGGAUUACAGCAGUGCUGCUGGCCUCCAUGUGAAAUACAAUAACAUGCCUGUAUCCAAGCACACUCGACGCUUUGAAAUACAAAGCUUCCAGUUCCUGGACUACAAGACCAAGCAGCAUUUGGAUGAGGAAAUCUAUUUUCUGUGUUCAACUGAAGUGUGUUCCCCAGAACACCGUGUUUGUAAUGAAGGAUGCUUUGAUGGGAGAGAUAUGCCUGUUCCAGUAGAUCUUGGUGUGGGAGGGCGCUGUGCAGGAAAGCCCUGUCCUGUGAAAUCCAAUGUAGUCAAGCGAGCUGCUCAUGGUCAUACUGGCCUCAUCGCUGUCGGUGAAGGAACCUUCCUUUUGGAUGAGCCUGUGCCCCAUGAACAAAUGGAGAAGCACUGGACACACUUCCAUGGUCUCCUGGGGCUGCUUGCUCUGCUGGUCUCGGUAUCUGUUGUAAUGCUCUUCCUCAAAUAGGUUGUCUUGCAAAUGGCCAGGUCCUAGAGAAGCAGUCUCUAACUUGAAUAAACCUUUAUCUUGUA